GUCCUGGCUGGGGUCUUGGAGGCGGAUCUACCAAACUACAAGAGCAAGAUACUAAGACUCCUUUGUACAGUGUAUGUAUGCAAAAGAUUUAUGGAUCCAGUGCACGCUUGUUGCCAGAAAAGUUGACUGUUUACACAACUCUGGUUGGCUUACUGAAUGCCAGGAACUACAAUUUUGGCGGCGAGUUUGUGGAAGCCAUGAUUCGUCAGCUCAAAGAAUGCUUGAAAGUCAACAUGUAUAAUGAAGCCGUGUAUUUAGUCCGUUUUCUCUCUGAUCUCGUGAAUUGCCAUGUAAUAGCUGCUCCUUCGAUGGUAGCCAUGUUUGAGAACUUCGUUGGUGUGACUCAGGAGGAGGAUGUACCUCAGGUGCGUUGUGACUGGUACGUGUACGCUUUUCUGUCGUCCUUACCUUGGGUGGGGAAGGAAUUGUAUGAGAAGAAGGAUGCUGAGAUGGACCGCGUCUUGUCCAACGUUGAAAACUAUUUGAAACGCCGUCAGAAGAUUCACGUACCCAUGUUACAAGUUUGGUCUGCUGAUAAACCGCAUCCGCAAGAAGAGUACCUAGACUGCCUCUGGGCUCAGGUGCAGAAGCUGAAGAAGGACCGCUGGCAGGAAAGGCACAUCCCGCGGCCCUACCUGGCAUUCGACAACGUGCUGUGCGAGGCCCUCCAGCACAAUCUGCCUCCCUUCACUCCACCGCCGCACACAGAAGAUUCGGUCUACCCGAUGCCAAGAGUAAUCUUUCGAAUGUUUGACUACACUGAUGAUCCUGAGGGUCCUGUCAUGCCCGGCAGUCAUUCUGUUGAGAGGUUUGUGAUAGAAGAAAAUCUCCACUGCAUCAUCAAAUCACACUGGAAAGAGAGAAUGAUAUGUGCUGCCCAGUUACUGAGCUACCCUGGAAAUAACAAGAUCCCUCUGAACUACCACAUCGUCGAGGUCAUCUUUGCGCAGCUAUUUCAGCUUCCUGUUCCGCCACACACAGAGAUCAUGUACACAACACUUCUUAUUGAACUCUGUAAACUUCAGCCUGGCUCUUUACCUCAAGUCUUGGCACAAGCCACGGAAAUGCUGUACAUGCGCUUGGAUACAAUGAAUACAACGUGCAUAGAUAGGUUCAACAAUUGGUUUUCCCACCAUUUGAGUAAUUUUCAGUUCCGUUGGAGUUGGGAAGACUGGGCAGACUGUCUUACGGACGACCUGGACAAGCCCAAACCUAAAUUUGUAAGAGAAGUAUUGGAGAAAUGCAUGAGGCUGUCCUACCAUCAGCACAUAGUAGAUAUUGUUCCUGCCACUUUUUCAGUCCUGCUUCCUGCGAGUCCUGCGUGUAUUUAUAAAUACGGAGAUGAAAGUAACAAGGCUCUUCCCGGGUACAACGUUGCACUCUGUUUAAACAUCGCCAUUAAAAAUAAAGCGAGCAACGACGAAAUCCUCACUAUUCUGAAGGACGUGCCCAAUCCUAAUCAGGAUGACGAUGAUGACGAAGGAUUCUCUUUCAAUCCUCUGAAGAUAGAAGUAUUUGUACAGACCUUGCUUCAUUUGGCGGCCAAGUCAUUCAGUCACUCCUUCAGUGCUCUGGGAAAAUUUCGUGAAGUCUUCAAAACAUUGGCAGAAAGCGAUGAAGGGAAGCUCCAUACCCUCAGAGUUAUGUAUGAAGUAUGGAAGAACCAUCCGCAGAUGAUCGCCGUUCUCGUGGAUAAGAUGAUUCGGACACAAAUUGUGGAUUGUGCCGCAGUAGCAAACUGGAUUUUCUCUCCAGAACUGGCUCAUGAUUUUACGAGGUUUUAUAUCUGGGAAAUCCUACACUCUACAAUCCGGAAAAUGAACAAGCAUGUGGUGAUGAUCCAGAAAGAGCUAGAAGAGGCCAAAGCAAGACUAGCCAAGCAGCACAAACGUCGAGACAGUAACGACGAUGAUGACCACAGCAGUGACCGGGAGGAUGGGCCCCUGGAAGAACAGAUAGAACGCUUGCAAGAAAAAGUGGAGUCUGCUCAAAGCGAGCAAAAAAACCUCUUCCUCGUAAUAUUCCAGCGUUUCAUCAUGAUCCUAACAGAGCACCUUGUGCGGUGUGAAACCGGUGGGAUUGAUGCCAUCACACCUUGGUACAGGAACUGUAUAGAGAGGCUGCAGCAGAUCUUUUUACAGCAUCAUCAGACCAUCCAACAGUACAUGGUGACCUUGGAGAACCUUCUAUUCACGGCAGAAUUGGAUCAUCACAUAUUGGCUGUAUUUCAGCAAUUCUGUGCGUUGCAGGCCUGAGCGACCACCACCUUUUUGUACAGGACUUGUUGAUGUCGUC